GUUUGGCCCAACAUCGCCGUCUUCGACCACCACCGUCUCAUCGCACCGCUGUGCUCAUCGUCGUUUUUGACAUCCAUCACCCAUCUGUACUACUCACAGAUCGCAUCGACCGUUUUUGUUGAAUAUGUCUGAAGCAGAGGCAGAGGCACAGCAGACUCAGGCAGAGGUGAAGGCAGAGGAUGGGAACGCGCCGAUUAACGUCAAGGUCAUCUCUGCGACCGGAGAAGAGGUCUUCUUCAAGAUCAAGCGGAACACGAAGCUGAGCAAGCUUCAGGGAGCAUACGCAGCCAAGGUCGGGAAAGAUGUCACCAGCAUUCGAUUUUUGUACGACGGGACAAGAAUAAACGAUGACGACACGCCGACAUCGUUGGAUAUGGAGGAUAAUGACACGAUCGAUGUGAUGGUAGAACAGGUCGGCGGUCGCUGAGAUCCCAUUCCAGUAGCCUCCAGCGUCGUUCCUCUACUUUUCUACCUCUCACCCGCCUCUCAUCCUCUCACCCCUAUCUUGACCCUUAUUCAUCUCGCUAUCGACAUCUUUCUUCCCUUUUCCUUUCUCUCCCGCUUUCCCUUCUCCAUUCUUGCGUGUCUAUCUUCCUGGCGCUUUUAGCAUCUGUCCCCGUGAAGCCGUCAGUGUCUCAUAUUGAAUGAAGUGAACGAAUCCAAACAUUCGACCAGCAAUUGUAUCAUGUCCUUCUAUCCGACCCUUUCUAGUGUGUACUUGGCGGUCGUUGGUGUCGCUGAUACGAUUUGCCGACUACAGAGAAAGAG